CACAUGACCGCGGUUAGGAGGGAGAUGCUACAGUAGUGGCAGGGGGCAGAGUGCUGAGAGACAGCCGGGGUAAUAGCUAGCUCGCUACUGUCGCAGACCUAACUGUUGUGUUUUUUUUUUGGUCAGAUACAUUUAUGUUCUGCUUGAUUUUAAUGUGUCGUGACCUAAACUUGCUUUUUAUGACGGAUACUUGCCUCACGGAGUUGUCAACAUGGCCGCGGUUGACAAAAAUCAUGUCAUUCAGGAUUCCUACGAAAGAGAUCGGCUGCUGUCCCCUGUGACUCACUAUGGAUCCCAUGAGUGUAACAACGAUCAUGGCAACUCCAGGUUGUCCCCGACAAUGGGAUCCUGGGUGACCGUGGAGCAGGAGGAGGAAGCGUUGCGCCGGAAACUGAAAUAUUUCUUCAUGAGCCCCUGUGACAAGUUCCAUGCAAAAGGCCGGAAACCAUUCAAACUGUUCCUACAGCUUGUGAAGAUCAUUAUAGUCACUGUACAGCUGGUGCUGUUUGGUCUGAGUAACCAGAUGGUUGUGACAUUUAAAGAAGAGAACACAGCCUCCUUUAAACAUCUGUUCCUCAAAGGCUAUGAUGGGGAAAGUGACGCGCUGGCAGUGUACACACAGAGUGAUGUCUACGACAGCAUCUACUAUGCAGUAGAGCAGUACCUAGCUUUGCCAGAGACCACCGUGGGCCGCUACGCGUAUGUGUAUGGAGUAGGAGUGAACGGCAGUGCUCUGUCGCUCUGCCAGCAGUAUUAUAGAAGAGGCUGGAUAGACCCUGCCAACGACACCUUCAGCAUCGACCCUCAUAUUAAUACAGAUUGUGUGGGGGUCACUCCACUCGAUACACCUUCAGGAUUCAUAGGAAGUGACUACAAAAACUUUACCCUCAAAUUUCACAAACUCAUCAAUGUGACUAUACAGUUUCAGCUGAAGGCUAUAAAUCUUCAGACCAUCAUAAAUAAUGAGAUACCAGACUGCUACACGUUUACCAUCACAAUAGUGCUGGAUAACAAGGCUCACAGCGGCAAGGUGAAGAUCAGUCUGGAUAAUGAAGUUGCGAUCAAGGAAUGCAAAGACCCCAGUGUGUCCGGCCAUGCGGAGAACUAUGCUCGGGUGACGUUUGAUGUGGCUGUAGCGGUGGUGUGUUUACUGUCUCUGCUGCUGUGUGGUCGCUCCAUCUUUAGAGGAGUCCUCCUUCAGCAUGAGUUUGUGCAAUUCUUUAAGGACACCCUGAAUCGUAAAGUGUCUUGGGGAGACAGAAUGGAGUUCAUCAAUGGCUGGUACAUCCUCCUCAUCAUCAGCGACUUGCUCACCAUCACUGGCUCCUUCAUUAAGAUUGGAAUCGAGUCAAAGAACAUUGCAUCAUAUGAUGUGUGUGGGAUUUUGUUGGGAACAUCAACACUGCUGGUUUGGGUGGGAGUCAUUCGCUACCUCAGCUUCUUCCAGAAGUACAAUAUCCUGAUCGUGACGUUGCGGGCAGCGUUCCCUAACGUGAUCCGUUUCUGCUGCUGCGUGGCAGCCAUAUACUUGGGCUACUGCUUCUGUGGGUGGAUCGUUUUGGGACCAUAUCAUGUGAAGUUCCGUUCUCUGUCCAUGGUUUCGGAGUGUUUGUUCUCUCUGAUAAACGGAGAUGAUAUGUUCGUCACCUUCAGUGACAUGCAGGAGAGCAGCACGCUGGUGUGGGUGUUCAGCCAGGUGUAUCUGUACACAUUCAUCUCCCUGUUCAUCUACAUGGUGCUGUCACUCUUCAUCGCCCUUAUUACUGGUGCUUAUGAAACCAUCAAGCACCAAACUCAGGAGCCCAUACACAUCACUGACCUGCACGCCUUCAUUGCCGAGUGCAAGGACACGCCCUGCUCUGGAAAGUUCCGAGGCUUGGAGACGUCGCCGUGCUCUUUCUUCUGCUGCUGCGACAGGACCACCACCUAUGAGGACGUGCUGCUGGUGAAUUAGUCCCAGAAUUACACUGGCGCCAUCUGUUGGUGACCGCGUGGAACUGCAGCAUACUUGAGCUGCUAACUUCAUUGUUGGCAACCAAACCGUGAAUAAUGUCUAGACUGGUACAAUUGACACACUUUCACUCCUACAAACACAAAGCUGCACACAGUCUGGGGGUCUUUACAUGCUUAAGGACUUAAGGAGAGAGGACAUUUUCCUCCUGAACUGACUGGUUUAUUAUUUUUCUUCCUAUCGGUUUACACAAAGCACACACCAACAUAGCCAAAACUGCUACAGAAAAGAGGAAAGAAAUGAAAUUGGUUUGCAGAAGAAGGAAGAAGUCCUGUAGCUGUCUGUUGGUAAAUCAUCCUGCUGUCUGUGCUGUCUGUACUGUUCUCUUCACGUGAAGAUGCUUUGUCCUGGAAGUGACUGGACAUUUUGAUUGUUUUUAAUGUUGUGUUUAAACAGAUUUUAAUGUUAAUUGAUAAAUAUUAAUAGUAACCAAUAUAUCUAAUGUUGCUAAUUGAAAGCCUUUACAUCUUGUUUUAAAUAAGUUGUACCGAGUUGUGCCUGCCUCAGGAAUUCUGAAGAAGGAAGAGAGAACUGUUCCUCGCCUGCUCCACGAUGACUUUGCACAUUUUCUGCAGUCUACAGUCACCAGCCACAUUGUUCUAUAUUUAUGUUGCCACUGCUUUCCAUUUGAUGUGCUGAUUGAGGGAGGAAGUUGUGGUUGGUGGCUCAGCCAUACACAGAUAACAUCCAUUUUCGAUAGUGAACCACUAUUUAAAGUGAAUUAGACAACUGCUAGGCCUGAAAGAAAUUACUUCUGCCUUUUGUUAAAGGAGAACUCCGGUGUGACUUUGACUUUGGAUGUAGAAAAACAUGAUAAAUAGUACUAACUUUUGUUAAAUAGCCAACUUCUGUUCUUCAACAGCUUUUCAAGAUCCAGCUAUUUUUUUCUGUUUGUCCAAACAGGGCAUAUUCUUGCCCCUGCAGAUACAUCGCUUUUUACACUGUUAUCCAGGCUCAAGAAGCUCCACACACGGACAGCCCUGACAUUUAAAACGAGGCAUUAAGAACUUAAAGUGCACAAAAAGUUUAUUAAAAAACACUGUUUACAACCUGUAGCGUAACCUACAUCUCCGAGCACCGCAAUCUUAAAGUAAAUUCAUGAUCAAUAGAAUGACAAGCAUGUAAUGCACAUGCUGUUGGAAAAGAUAAAGGUUUGUGUUUGUGCCUUUCCAGGCUCCAACAUCAAUACUACGGGUUAUAAACAGUGUCUUUUUUUUAAUAAACUUCUUGUGCACUUUUAAAGUUAUUAAUGCCUUUUUUAUAAUUACAGAGAUGUGGAGCUAGUUUGAGCCUGGAUAACGGUGUAAAAAACGAUUUAUCUGCAGGGGCAAGAAUAUGCCCCAUUACAACACAUUCUAUGUAGUUUGGAAAAACGGAAUAAAAUUGCUUGAUUUCGGAAAGCUGUGUAAGAAUGUAGGUGGGACUUUUAUCAUGUUUUACUACACCUAAAGUCAAUUUCUCACCGGAGUUCUCCUUUAAUCUGAUCUCCAGUUAUUGCAUCUGUAGCGAUAAAUCAUACUUUGAAAAAAAUGAUUCCAAAAUGUUAUAAAAUCAAAUUACAGACAUAAAAAAAACAUAAUAUAACUCUCUGUUGGUCUAAAGGACUAAACAGAUACUUCAGCUAUUUUUUAGACUUAUUUUCAUUUGCUGCAUUAGUACAUAUAUAUAGGUGAUUAAAUUGUUUUCUUGUACAUAGGGAAAUGUUCAAAAUAUUUCUAUUACAUACAUUUCUAGGUAAAGCAAUGAUUGGAAACCAUUGGUUUCUACUAUAAGUUAUCAAGACUUCUCUAAGGCUUAAAGCAAACAUAUGGGGCAAGAAUGACUAUGCUACAACAGAUGCAGUAACUUGAGAUUAGCUUAAGAAACUUCAAAAACGUAUAUCCUAAAUCUGUGAUGAGCAAAACUUCAUGAGUGUCCCUUCAGCCCAAAGCAGUCUGUCUGUAUAGUGUAAAAAUAAUGGUGUCUACAUCGUGGCUUUGACCAUGACUCAAAACCACCGUUCAGAUCGAUUUAGGAGCAAAGUGUGAACUGAAUAGAUCCACCACCAUAGAGAAUAGAGAACCACCACUUCAGCAGGAAGGGACCAGCAUGUGAUUAGUUUAGUGAUGCUUUUUGUGAAGACUUGUUUUACAGGCUGUGAGACGGUGCCAUAAAGACUUUGCUAAAAUAGAUGCUACAGUCAAGGCUAAUGACUUCAGAAUAGACUGGACAGAUUUAUGGAAGCUAAAUGAUGAUGUUCUCUUGCAGUAGCUCAGGUUACAGUCAGUACAUUUUGGACAAUAGACAAUUUCACCAAUCUCUCUUUUGUUCUGAUCUGCUUUUGAUGUAAGUAAACUAGCUCAGCAGGGUGCAGCGCUCCAGUUCUGUAGAAUCUUCAACAAUAGAACUACUUUAAUUAUGCGUGGCGGCGGUUGACCUACAUUUAGAAGGAGCAUCUCUGGAGGGUAAACACAUUUGCCUUUUUUUUAAAGUAGUUUUUAGAAGUUUUCUCUGCCUCGUGGACCAGCGCAGUGCAUAUGCAGUGCAUCAACUUGACUUGACAGACCUCAGAAAUAAUGCAUUUAAAUUGCCUUUUAAAUUUCAUAGCCUAAUUCUCCUCAUUCUGGAAAGGUUAAUGCUGAGAGUGUAAAAGAAUGGAUUCAGAUGAACUAAAGCAGUUGUUGUAAUGUAACACUUGACUAUUUUUCCUUCUUAUACUGAAGUCUAUGUCCUAAAUAAUCACUAUGUAUAGAAUUUUAAUUUAUUGUUGUAUGUUGUGUUUUUUUCCAUGUAUGUACUGAAUUUUAAACGCACAAACAUCAGUAGGCUUCUUUUGCAAUUAUUUCUUCGGUUUCUGAGAGAGCUGACCAUUUCUUCAGCACCUUUAUCACUGACAUAGGACCAAUUUUAGAAACCCAUAUUAUUGCUAAGAAAACUGGUCCCAGGUCAGUGUAUAAGGGCUAUAGAAGCUCACAAUGUUAUGCACACACACACACACAUACAGAGUUGCAUGGCCAGGUCAAACACAUUAGACAUACUUGAAUGAAGAGUUGUAAAAAUAAAAGAGCCUAUUUUAUGGUAUAUGCACCAAUUUUAUAAUGUUCUCUCCAACAGUGUACAGCUUGUUUUGACCAUGGUGUCAUCUUAUCACUUAUGGUUAGUGUAUGGGCUAGUUUGUUCAAUAUCCACUAAACGUUUUACUGGAAGAGGCUAUUUAAACACAAAGAAUUCGAAAGGAUUUUUUAAGUCAGUUAAUAACGUUUUUUUUUUUUUUUUUUUUUUGUACAAGGCUGUUUUUCACAGUUUUAACUGUAUGUGUCUUGCUAAUGUGUAUAUUCAUCCAUGUUGGUACAUGUUCAAUACAGAUUUUUCAAAAGUG